UAAGCAGAGCGGCUUAGCCAAGAGAAAGGGACGUCUUCCUCGUCUGCUGGGAUGGAACAAACCCGCCUGCUUAGAGAGCACUGAGAACCCCAAGGGUCCCUCGCAGCCCUUAGCAGCCAACAUGACUUGACUGCUCCCGGGUCCCGCGCGCUCCCCACUCUCUCCAGACACCCCCACCCUUUCCGGGUGCGCGCGCAAGAGCGGGCGAGCUUCCCCUAGCUGUGCGCUCCGCAGCCUGCGGGUGGCAGCGGCGGUGGCGACUGUCUCUCGGGGAAGAGGGUGACCAAGGGACCGCGGAGGAGGAGUCGGCGCCUCAGCCGCACCCCUUGGGACCGUGCCCCGCCUUCCGUCGCCACCUGAGCAUCUCCCUCCUGUCUCCCCAGCUGCUCCAGUCUACCCCACCAUCCCCCUGGGGGACCGUGUGUACUCUCAGUGCCGCAGCCGCGGUGUCAUUGCGUCCGGUGAUCGGGACACUCGGAUCUUGGUUCCCCUGGGGGCUUGGGACAAGCUGCACGGGUCGCGGUGACAGGAGGUGGAGGCACCAGCGCGCAUCCCUACCCCCCCCCCCGCUUUAGAGAGGCGUGUAGACAACUGGUGUGACUUUGGAGGUCCGACUCCUCCUUCCGGCCAGCCUCGCGACGCGCCACCUCCUGAGACAGGCCAGUGUGUCCGGCAGGCCCCAGAGGCUCGAGUGGGGACUUGGAACGUGUCCGGGAACCCGUGGCGCUGUGCGCACUGGUGAGUUUUGCGGGCGGGGUGGGGGCGGAGAGGACGUAGCGCUAGGUCCCUGCUCCCGCCCCUUUCCUGCCGUCCACCCCCCCCCCCCCACUUUGAGAGAGUCAUUGAGAUUUGAGCGUGACUGCGGAGCCUGGAGGAUGCGGGCACCGGGAGCCGGCUUUUCCUUCUCCCGGAGUGAUGGAGAGGGCCGGUGAGCUGAACAAAGACACCCACUCGGAGGAACGGGUCCUGUGCUAAAGAACGCUAUCCUAGCCCCACGACAACCGCCUGCGGGAGAGAGUGUCGGCAGGGCAACUCCAGGAGUGGCGCGCUCUUCCGCCGGCGGGCGCAGAGCAGGAGCCCGGCACCUGCGCGCCACUCCCGCCACAUCUCUGGAGCAUCCUGACUACCACCGGGUUGUCCCUGAAAGGUCCUCGUCUCCCGAGGUUCAAAGUCCAAAGGCGACCUGUUCUGGGUGCAGCGGGGAGAGACUCUGGGACCGUUUAUCUUUUGCUGCUUCUUAGAAGGGACUGCGUGCUGUGGACGGAGCAGGCAUUUCAGGGACACUUUUGUAAGCCAGAGGCUUUCCAUGUAAGUGAUCACGCUUGAUUUUCAACAGCCCUGCUCUCUCAGUGGUCUCUGUCGCCUGAGCAUUGGCAUUUUCCCGCAGCAGCAGCUGGGGUCCCCCUCACCUCCCACCCCUUGGCUAUUGUCCGGUGUGAGGAGUCUGCACGGACAGGUGAGGCUGGUAGAGGAGUGGGUCCAGGGAAAGGACCGGCAGUGUUGUUUGAUGGCUUCACUGAGGAGAGUCAAAGUGUUGUUGGUGUUGAACUUGAUCGCGGUGGCCGGCUUCGUGAUCUUUUUGGCUAAGUGCCGGCCUAUCGCGGUGCGCAGCGGAGACGCCUUCCACGAGAUCCGGCCUCGCGCAGAGGUGGCUAACCUCAGCGCGCACAGCGCCAGCCCCAUCCAGGAUGCGGUCCUGAAGCGCCUGUCGCUGCUGGAGGACAUAGUCUACCGGCAGCUUAAUGGGUUAUCCAAAUCACUGGGGCUCAUCGAAGGGUAUGGUGGGCGGGGCAAAGGAGGCCUUCCUGCCACCCUUUCCCCCUCUGAAGAAGAAAAAGCCAAAGGACCUCAUGAGAAGUAUGGCUACAAUUCCUACCUCAGUGAAAAGAUCUCCUUGGACCGGUCUAUUCCAGAUUAUCGUCCCACUAAGUGUAAGGAGCUCAAAUACUCCAAGGAGUUGCCCCAGAUAUCUAUCAUCUUCAUCUUCGUGAAUGAAGCCCUGUCUGUGAUCCUGCGGUCAGUCCACAGUGCUGUCAAUCACACACCCACACACCUGCUGAAGGAGAUCAUCCUGGUGGACGACAACAGCGAUGAAGAGGAGCUGAAGGCCCCCUUGGAAGAGUAUGUCCACAAACGCUACCCUGGCCUGGUGAAGGUGGUACGCAACCAAAAGAGAGAAGGCCUGAUCCGAGCACGCAUCGAGGGCUGGAAGGUGGCCACUGGCCAGGUCACUGGCUUUUUUGAUGCCCACGUGGAAUUCACUGCUGGCUGGGCUGAGCCUGUUCUGUCCCGCAUCCAAGAGAACCGGAAGCGGGUCAUCCUCCCCUCCAUCGACAACAUCAAGCAGGACAACUUCGAAGUGCAGCGCUAUGAGAACUCUGCGCACGGGUACAGCUGGGAGCUGUGGUGCAUGUACAUCAGCCCCCCCAAAGACUGGUGGGACGCCGGAGACCCCUCUCUCCCCAUCAGGACACCAGCCAUGAUUGGCUGCUCAUUUGUGGUCAACAGGAAAUUCUUUGGUGAAAUUGGUCUGCUGGACCCUGGGAUGGAUGUGUACGGAGGAGAGAAUAUUGAGCUCGGAAUCAAGGUAUGGCUCUGUGGUGGCAGCAUGGAGGUCCUUCCUUGCUCAAGGGUGGCCCAUAUCGAGAGGAAGAAGAAACCCUAUAACAGCAACAUCGGCUUCUACACCAAGAGGAAUGCACUCCGGGUAGCCGAGGUCUGGAUGGACGACUACAAGUCUCACGUGUACAUAGCGUGGAAUCUGCCUCUGGAGAAUCCAGGGAUCGAUAUAGGUGACGUCUCCGAGAGAAAAGCAUUAAGGAAAAGUUUGAAGUGUAAGAACUUCCAGUGGUACUUGGACCAUGUCUACCCGGAAAUGAGAAGAUACAACAAUACUAUUGCAUAUGGGGAGCUUCGUAACAAUAAGGCCAAGGAUGUCUGCCUGGAUCAGGGGCCACUGGAGAACCACACAGCAAUACUGUACCCAUGCCACGGCUGGGGACCACAGCUCGCCCGCUAUACCAAGGAAGGCUUCCUGCACUUGGGUGCUCUGGGGACCACCACACUCCUCCCUGACACCCGCUGCCUGGUGGACAACUCCAAGAGUCGGUUGCCACAGCUCCUGGACUGUGACAAGGUCAAGAGCAGCUUGUACAAGCGGUGGAACUUCAUCCAGAAUGGAGCCAUCAUGAAUAAGGGCACAGGGCGCUGCCUGGAGGUGGAGAACCGGGGCCUGGCCGGCAUUGACCUCAUCCUCCGAAGCUGUACCGGACAGAGGUGGACAAUCAAGAACUCCAUCAAGUAGAUGGAAGGGAAGAGGGCACAUGGAGCCUGGACCCAGGACAGGGCCUGGCGAGCCUCGGAACCGGCCACAUGGUGGAGAAACAGCAGGCGCCCAGAGGGUGUUCAGGGGACCUCCCAGGGCUCCUCCCAGGCAGCCCCGAAUAAGGAUGUUAAGUCCCUCUCAGGCAUUCAGCCUGGACACUCUGAAGAUCUCCCCUCACCCAUGUCUGGGAGACCAGGAGCUGCAUCUUCUGGGUACCAAAGGGCGAGACUGCCCUUAGCUCUCUACCAUACCAUCUCCUACCCAGCACCAGCAGCUGGGUGUGG